AUGAAGCUCUCCGGUGAAAAGCACCACCACCACCAUCUCAAGAACCUCUUCAAGGGCGACUCGUCGCCGGCCUCCGAGCACUCAGGCGAUUCGUCCGAGUCCCACGGCUUGGGCAAACUCUUCCGCCACAACACUGCCUCCUCCAACUCCAACAACACCUCCAACACCACCUCCAGUCCCCACCACAACCACCACGAGUCGGUCUCGAGGACCCCCAGCUUCCUUAGCUUGAAGAGACACAACUCCAACCCCACCACCCGUGCUCGUUCCAACAGCGAACAGCACCACCAUCACCUCAAGAAUCUCUUGCCCGGCCAGCAACCCCACCAGCAGCCCAAGGAGGUCAAGAAGCUCUCCAAGGCCGAAACCGUGGCUCACCUCCAGUCCAUCAACAACAAGAACGCGGCUCGUGCCCAGUACAGACCCCCUCCGUCGCCCACCACCGGUCCCCUGGUGCCUUCAGCCCACGGCGACAAGAUUGUCUACAACCCGUAUGGCAUCAACAAGAACCCCAGCCAGCAGACCCCCAAGAACACCUCGUUCUAUAUGUCGGGAGCCGAGGACGGGGCUCGUGUGUUGAGCAACCCAGUCGCUGAUCCCAACGACUACCUCCCGGCAGAGUACCACCAGGAGCAUGUCAAUCUCCUCGAGGACUUCGAGAUCGAUGCCAGCGUCAAACGGUUGGGAGACGGAGGAUCGUCUGAGGUCCGCAUUGUGAACGCAAUCAACCACAAGAAAGAGGUGUAUGCAUUGAAAAAAUUCAAGGUGUUGUCGAAGGAAACAGAGGACGAGUUCUACAAGCGUGUGGUCAAGGAAUUUAUUCUCUCAAAGAAGGGAAGCACUUGCAGGCACGUCACUGAGGUGUUGGGCAUAGUCCGCAUUCAAUCGCAGCUGAAUAUGACCAGAGGAUGGGGUAUCGUUUUGGAGUUCUGCUCUGGUGGUGACCUUUUCAGCACCAUCGUCAAGUCUGGAUGGAAACGUACGCCUUUGAACGAAAGAUACUGUAUUUUCAAGCAGAUCACCUAUGGCUUGAAGGCCUUGCACGAUAUGGACAUUGUCCAUCGUGAUUUGAAGCCAGAAAACAUUUUGCUAGAUGCAAAUGGAGUGGCCAAGUUGUGCGAUUUUGGUGUUAGUGAUUAUGGACACGAGACUCCUGGCGAUUUUGCGUCUGCCAUCAAGAAAUCGUCCGCCUACGUGGGAUCUCCUCCCUACUCUCCUCCAGAAGUGAUGAUCUUGAGAGAAAAGUCCUCUACCGAAGCAAAGGCUUGUGCAUACGAUAUGUUCAAGAUGGACCACUGGGGCUUGGGUAUGUUGCUCUUUUGUAUUAUAUAUUGUGGGGUUCCAUUUCAAAGUGCUUCGGUCAAUGACCAUGCCUACAGAGAUUAUAAGUUCAACCACGAUAGAUUCUCCAGUGACCAUCCAGUGUUCAAGAAUAACCAGGACUAUUCCAAGGGACCUGGUUCCGAGUUUAAAUGGGCCAGCCAAUUCCAAUCGACAGGUGCUUCUCGUGUUGCCUGGAAACUCUGUGACCCCUCUAUUAGCAGAAGAUACGAUUUGGAAAUGUUAUUCAAUGACCCUUGGUUCCAGACCUUGGAGAUGUGUCUUUAUGAACACCCUGAUCAAUUGGUCAAUCCUUUCGUUUUGCCUGGUACUGGCCAAAACAGCCCAUACACGAACACUCUGUCCUACUCUGGCACCAAUUCCUUAAAUAACUCCCAGGCACCCUCAAGAAGGGGAACUUUCACUCAUGCAGAAGAGUCCGAUGGCAUCAGCACUCCGUUUAGAAGUAUGUUGGAUUUGGGAGCCGCACACGAUGAUGGCGAUAAUCACUCCAUACAUUCUGCUUCAUCAUUGAGCCAGACUCCGUUGAGGUUGAAGAGAGAGGAAAACCAUCCGCCAAACAGCCCAAGAGCAGGCAGUUCUUCCGAGUUUGAAAACGGCCAAUUCUUAAAUAGCCACAGUGCAGAGCACUCAGAUAGUGAGCCUCACAGGGCCCGUUCGAUGUUGGACAUUGUCUCAGAACCCUCAAAGGAGAACGUUAAGGAGUUGCCAGUAGUGGAAGAAUCAGACGUGGAGCAGGACGAGGCCAAGGCUGAGAAGGAAGAAAUCAAGAGGGACGAGCAACAGGCACAAUCCGAAGCCGAACCAAAACCCGAAAAGCCUGGCUCGUCCGAUUCCUCAAUCAAAACCGCCUCACCCAAGAAAUCACUUGUCGAAGCCAACCACAAGCCAUUGAAGAACAGCAGCGAUUUGAAGAUCGACGAAAAUGGCUUGUGUGAGCUCGGCUACAAAAUCAAAAAACAUCAUCACUUAGACACUAGCACAAUAGCCGUAUCUGGGUCCAUGUCAAGAAGAAGAUAA